UGUUGAUGGACGACUAUAGAGCGCGAACGCGGCGCCGGUUAAUCGGAUGGGGUUUUAAAUUUCUUAUUGUUAAAACUUAAACGCACAAUCAAGUGUUACUAUAAAUCAUGAUAUGAAAAGUACCUAAAAUUAAUUGUAAUAGUUGCAUAUGAUUUUGUGUGUGUAUACAUAUGUAUAUUUGUAUAUGUAUAUGUUUUUGUGUAAGAGUGAGAAACGCCUUCGAGCAAAUUAAGUUUACACAAUGUCCGAUGAAUUUCUUGGUAGUAACGCAAAUGAUGAGCCGGCGGUACUUGUGCCGAAUGCUAUUAAAACCACCGACGGCACAGCGGAAGCUUGUGACGAUGCCGAUUCUUAUCAAUCGGAAACGGAAAAGCCAAUUUUAUUGGAACUUGGCACUACACCGAAACCACCACCAGUUAGCGCUAGCAAUGCAGUUGCUUACAGAGCGGAUUAUCCUUUGGAUAUGCAUUUGAAUGGAAGUUCGUGUUUGACAACAACUCACUACCAACCAUACACCGUACUUUCGUCCAGCGAGUCCCACAUGCUGCCACAGAUUGCUGCUCAUUUCACACCGUCAAUAUAUAGCAAUCCUUUUAUUCAAUAUGAAAGUCCUCUGACGCCACCUACACCACCACCACCGCCACCGCCCUCGUCAUCGUCAUCUGCUUCGCUCUUGCCGCCGAUAACUACAAGUACACAUUCCAGUUAUGCUGUUCAAAUACCGCAGCCAGUGAUUUCGUGGCCAUUGACGACGGAUGCGAAAAGGAAAUCUCUUGCGGAAGUGGUACCACCACCGAUUAGUAUCAGUUAUCUUGGGGCACGCGAACACAUUAUUUCGAAAGAGUCGAAUCCGUCUUGGAAAGAGAAGGCGCUGCAAUUGGAGAAAGGUGAGAAACAAAUAAAAACAAAUUAAGGACGAAAUUGGUAUCUAUACACAAAGAACUAAUUAUGAAAAUGUGUGG